AUGAGGCCUUUGGAAAAAGCUGACCGCAUGGAUCCUGUGAGCUCCGAGGAGAGGAUAGAGAGCGGGAGCGCGUCCACAAAGCGCCCGGGGCCGCCUGUGCAGAAAGGCUUCCAGAUGCUGGCGGAUCCCGGCUCCUUCGACUCCAACGCCUUCACGCUUCUCCUCCGGGCGGCUUACCAGAGCCUGCUGGACGCGCAGGCAGACGAGGCCGUGUUAGAUCACCCAGACUUGAAACAUAUCGACCCAGUGGUUUUAAAACAUUGUCAUGCAGCAGCUGCAACUUACAUAUUAGAGGCAGGAAAGCACCGAGCUGAUAAAUCAACUCUGAGCACUUAUCUAGAAGACUGUAAAUUUGACAGAGAGCGAAUAGAACUGUUUUGCACGGAAUACCAGAAUAAUAAGAAUUCCAUAGAAAUCCUACUGGGAAGUAUAGGCAGAUCUCUUCCUCAUAUAACUGAUGUUUCUUGGCGCUUGGAGUAUCAGAUAAAGACCAAUCAGCUUCAUAAGAUGUACAGACCUGCAUAUUUGGUGACCUUAAAUAUAGAGAACACUGAUUCGCGAUCUUACCCAGAGAUUAGUUUUAGUUGCAACAUGGAACAAUUACAGGACUUGGUGGGGAAACUUAAAGAUGCUUCGAAAAGCCUGGAAAGAGCAACUCAUUUGUAACUCGGGGGAGUUCACGAUCCACCCCAGUCUAGAGGAAAACCAGCAAUGUCUUGCCUUCAGUGGAACCACCGUUUGUGCGAGCUGGAUGUCCUCCUUUUCAGUAAAAGAAAAAUUUUUCAUUUUGAGUUUAUAUCACUCAUCUAUUUUGACACUUUUUUUUUUACACGUGUGAAAGAGUUGAGGGACAUUCUGCCCAAGUAUUUGAAUCAUUUUUAGUUUUAACUGUACAUUUUCCCUAUAUUUUGAUCUUUUUUAAGUCUUAUGAAGGAAAGUAGACAGUAUUACACUCUGAAUAAACAAGGUGGUGUUCCCACAAAAAGAAUGGUGA